AUGUCUUCUUCGUCCUCCUCGCCGCCGUCCUUCCAAUCCGCCCUCCUCGCCGGCGCCCUCGCAGGUACCACCGUCGACCUCUCCCUCUUCCCCCUCGACACCCUCAAGACACGUCUCCAGUCUUCCGCCGGCUUCUUCCCCUCGGGCGGCUUCUCAGGCAUCUACCGCGGCAUCGGCUCCGCCGUCGUGGGAUCAGCUCCCGGCGCCGCCUUCUUCUUCUGCACAUACGAGACGACAAAGAGCUUUGUCGGGAAGCGGAUACGACAUGCCCAUGAUGGAAAAGACAACGGAAGAGGCUGGGUGCCGGCCGAUAUCCUGACACACAUGAUUGCCUCGAGCUUGGGAGAAAUCGCCGCCUGCUCAGUGCGCGUGCCUACCGAGGUCGUCAAACAGCGCGCCCAGGCCGGCCACCACGGAGGCUCGUCUGCAAAGGCGCUGGGCCAUAUCCUCAGCCGGUACUCUGCUCAGGGAGGGGGUCUGUUUGCCGUGUGGCGCGAGCUGUACCGCGGCUGGGGCAUCACCGUCUUUCGCGAGGUGCCCUUCACCGUGAUCCAGUUCCCGCUGUGGGAGGCUAUGAAGGCGUGGGGUCGCAAGCGCCGAAACGACGGAAGGGACGUAUCGGCCGGAGAGAGCGCCAUAUACGGAAGCUUGGCGGGAGGAGUGGCUGCCGCUUCGACAACGCCGCUCGAUGUGCUUAAGACGAGAGUCAUGCUCUCCAAGGACCGAGUAUCCGUUGGCGAAGUGUUUGGGCGCAUGGCUCGAGAGGAAGGCAUCCGGCCCUUCUUUGCGGGCAUUGCACCGCGCGUAACAUGGAUAUCGAUUGGCGGAGCGAUAUUCUUGGGGAGCUACCAAUGGGUCAUCAACACGAUGAACACCAUCCAAUCAUGA